AAGUAUGGUCAGGUGGGGAAAGACAACUCGAGAAUUGAAGGCAACUGAGACUGACACUUUGAAACAGGCUCUCAGAACUGCAGGAUCAUCAUGAUAUAUUAUAAACACGUGCUUUGGGCAUGCACCACUGCUCUGUUCACUGGUUGGGUCCUCACGGAUGAUCAAGGCCUCUGUUCUGAGACGGUGACAAGACACUCGUGCAACUGGACUUGUAUGCUUCUCACACUUCAGUGGCCUGGGAGUUUCUGCAUAAGCCUUAGCAAUAAAAGCAUUUGCAAAAUACCACAGAAUAUUCAAAACUGGACCAUUCAUGGCCUAUGGCCUAUGCAUACUGGUCACUGCUGCGACUGCUGGCCGAUAUUUCAUUCUCAUCUUCAGGAAAUUGAGCCUGAGCUCUCUCAGCUGUGGCCAUCACUACUGAAAGGACAGAAAUACUUCCUCUUCUGGACAGAAGAAUGGAUUAAACAUGGGACCUGUGCAGGCUGCGAGGAGACCAUGGGCUCGCCAGUCUAUUAUUUCCAGGCAGCAAUCAAGCUUCGGAAACUCUUUGACAUUGAUAGCAUCUUGGAAAACGCUGGAAUCAAAACCUCCUGCGAUGUGUCGUAUAAGUAUGAUGAAAUAAGUGGCGUCCUGACCCCAUUCUUUGGACACAACUUUGAUUUGCAGUGUGUGACAGAUACGAAGGGUCGUGAAGCAUGGAUCCAGCUGAAGUUCAGUCUCUAUAGGAACCAAACACUUGGAUGCCAUAAACAAGAAGAGGGGCAAAAGUUCAAUACCAUGACAUGGAUCAGCAGUUCAGGACACCCCUGUCCAAAGAACACAACCAUCUUUUACUUCCCCAUAAACUAUGAGCAUCCCAAAGAGCCCUGUAACUAAGAGGAGCCUUAAACCAUUCUAGACAAGCUAAAGCCAGACAAGCUAAAGCCAGACUUUUACUGUUUUCACUUAUAAUGUCUGAAUAACCUCUUUGAACUUUUUUAGGCCUGGACAUAUUUUAAUAAAGAAACUGUGUAAUUCCUAAAUAAUUCAGCCCCCCCCUCCGCCCAGUAAACAUGUAAAGAAAAAAUAUAUAUAAAUAAUUAUGCAAAUCAGGUGGGCUAAAUGGAUUUUAAGACUUUUAAUGAACUCAGAAUAUACACCAAUUUAUUAAUUCAAGGUGCACAAUGUCAUGGGCAGUGAUGUUGAAAACAUUUUAGAAGCACUGGGGAGAUAAAGUUGUCUCAGCUUGAGCUGAAUCAUGAAAUGUUGGCAGGCAGUAAAGGUUUAAAAUGAACAGCUAAUAUCUCUGGAUGGAUGUAUUUUUGGAACUCACAGUUCACAUUUUAUUUGA